CCUAGACAAUAUGGACACGCCCUAAACUGCAUAAUAAUAAUGAUUGCAAUGAACGCCGGUUGUGUUUUGAUACAAAUUAGAAUAGACCCUGUUUAUUAGGCUGUUCAAUAUUAUUAAUCGAAUCUAUCACACUUGAUAAUUGACUGUAAAAUGUUUUAAUGCAUUUGAACGUUUAAUUAAAUCUGGCUUCUGCAUUUUCUGUUUUUAAACAUUCUUUAUUAUAGUGUUUUUAAAACCGCAAAUAUACCGAUUCGCAGACAAGCAGUGAUUCAUACAGCUGCAUAAUUUAUACGACUAAUAUCUCCAAAGAGAGUUCCAAAGCAGUUGGGUUAAUAAAAUAAGAUUUCAUUGUGCGUAUUUAAGAUUCUUUCUUAAUGAACUUUUACAAUGGCAUCUAAUAAUUUAGUUCUACAAGUAAAUCCAUGGUAUUCAAGUGCCGAAUGGAGACAUGUUUUUAGAUUAGUGUUCUCAACGGAAUAUGUAAAUCGAUUGGAAGGUUUGAAUUAUAUGAAAAUGUGGAAAGUUAGAACAUCACAUUUGUCUGGUGGAAUACAAGGGACAAUGGAAAUUCUUGAAGCAAUUUUGUAUGAUGAGAAUCCUGACACUAAUAAUGUGAAUAAUAAUAGAAUAAAACAAAUAAUGUACUCUAUGGCAAUAAUACGGUGGCUAAACCUAAUAACCGAUUCAACGAAAUAUAAUACAUUGUAUCACACUGCCCAAAAUUUACAAAUUCCAGAUUGGAUUGUUAGUAUACGCCAUGAAGGCGCUCAUAGUGCAGAAUUAACGUCUUUAACUUUACUUAGAGAGGCCUCACAAUAUGCAUUAAAAUGGCUUUAUGAGAUGUAUUGGAAAUUAGAAAAUGAAGAUAUGGUUGAUUAUAUCAUUAAAGAAAGCACAUGUGUACCAGAAGAAGACAAUUUCAAAAAAUAUUUGGACAGAAUCUUGAGGAUAUAUGAUAAUGUUAUAAUGUACAUUGUUGAAUAUAAAUUUAAACGAAUCUGUGACAUUAAUAUACCAAGUUUGAAGGAAGACUUGGCGACAGAUGUUGAUAGUUUAUUAAUGAGCCCUGAAACAUAUGAUUCCGAACGUUGUUUUUUGAAAUCACUAUUAUUCAUUGUGGUUAAAAGAAUAAAUCAACUUAUAAAGGAUUUCAAAGGCUACGAUAAAUAUGCUGAAGUCUAUGUGGAUAGUCUAUUAAACUGUAACCAUUUUUUGAGUAGAAAUAUUUUACCGAAUGAGAAUGGUUCAUAUAAAGAAUAUGUAAAGUUGUGGAUGCCACUUCUGGAUCACUUACAUGUUACAAAUGCUUUGUCGUGUUUGGUCAAAAAAUUAAUGGAUAUGUCCUGUUUAUCUAAGUCUAAUAAAGAAAUCUUAGCAUGUACAUGGCUUGAAUAUAUCUUAAAUGGCCUCGUAAUGUGCAAAUCUGUACAAAAUAUUACACAGACGCAUUAUUACCAUCCACCAACAGUAAAGAGGGCAAUAAUUGAGGCAAGUGCCGCUUUGCCGGAAAAAACUUCACCUAUUAUGUUCAGACCAGAACUUCCAUUAGAUAAAUUCUUUUUGGACAUAGAUGCAUUGAAAUAUACUUUAAUGAAUAAUUCUGGGGUUCCAAGUGGAAAAUACUGGAAAAUUUUAUUAAAUCUGAUGAAGGAAAAAGUUCCCUCAGAAACCAUUAGUACUAUAGACAGGCUACAGAAUUUAGUAAAUCAAGAAUGUGAUAUUGAUUAUGAUAAGUUAUCGAAUCUUGACAAUACCGAAAGAUCGAUAUACACUGCUGAUGAUGUCAUAAAAUUUCGAUUAGAACAUGAAAAGGCUCUGCAGAUUGAUAAUGCUGAGCAAACAGUGACUGUGAAUGGUACUGAAAAUAAUAAAGAUGACAAUCCGGAUGUUAUCUGGAAAGAGGUUGAUGAUAAUAUUGACUGGUCCACAAUCCCAUUCGGUGCUCUACCUAGUGAAUUGCAAACUUCAUAAAAUUCAAUAAAUAAUAAUAUUUCUAUACAAAUAAAUUUAUAAUACUUAAAUAGUGUACAAUCAUAUGAGAAUUGCAAAUCUUUCUGAUUUGAAAAAAUAACUUUAAAUACAUUAUUUAAGAUUAACAUUAAUAAAUCCAAAAACUGUUUGGACACCUACAUACCAGUAGUACAGAAUAUA